GGAGGGCAGGCAGCAGCCGCACAGCUCCCCGGAGGACAGACGCGUGGGACAAGCCCAGCUCAGCCUCCAGGAUGGCUCUGCGGGAGACCGGCAAGUACUCGCAGGGCUCAGUCCUCGGCUCCGUGAAUCCUGACCUCGCCAGCGAGAGGCAAACAGCCUCCUUCAGCGUGGAAACGCUCACGACCUGGCUGGACGGCAGCACAGAGAACACGCGGAUACGGAGGGCGGUGGUCAAAGCUAUUGAAGGUGACCCCGUAUUUAGCAGAGAAAAUCAGUAUUUCCAGAGCCAGAAUGAGCGGUACGAAGCAGCAGUCAGGAAGGCUGUUCAUCUCCAGAAAAAGAUGCACGAGAUGGGAUGGACUGAGAACGGACCUGAAUUUAAGUACAUUUACAGGGCACUGUCAGGAGAUGUUGCGUUUCUCCUUCACCGCAUCUUCAUGAGAAGUAUUUCAGUGCUGGGCUCCGACAAACAAAUCAACAAAUGGAUUCCUCUCGCCAGCCAGUAUCAGCUCAUUGGAAGCUACGCCCAGACUGAGCUGGGGCACGGAACAUAUCUUCAGGGUUUGGAAACAACAGCAGUCUUUGAUGUUGCUACACAGGAGUUUAUACUGAACACACCAAAGAUCUCUGCCAUGAAGUGGUGGCCUGGAGACAUGGGAAGGUCAGCAACCCACACAGUGGUCUUCGCUCAGCUGUACGUCCACGGCAAGUGCUACGGUGUGCAUCCCUUCAUCGUGCAGAUACGCAGCCUUCAGGACCAUUCACUCUGCCCAGGCAUAACUGCAGGAGACAUUGGUCCCAAAAUGAAUUUUGAGCACAUUGACAAUGGCUACCUCAUGCUGCAGAACGUGCGCAUCCCUAGGGAGAACAUGCUGAACAAGUUCUGUGAGGUUCAACCAGACGGCACUUACGUAAGACGGGGAUCACAGCAGAUUAAUUAUUUCACAAUGACUACAGUGCGCAUUUCCCUCAUUUCAGACGAAGUUAUAAUACCUCUAAUGAAAGCUUGCACCAUUGCCAUCCGAUACUCCGUGGUUCGCCGGCAGUCCAAGUUAAAGCCUGGGGAACAAGAAGCAAAAAUCCUUUACUAUCAGACUCAGCAAGAGAAAUUGCUGCCCCAGCUGGCAGCAGCCUACGCCUUUCAUUUCAUCAAGGACUACCUGCAGGAGCUACUUGACAAGGGGUACAGAGAGAUACAGAGGAAGAACUUCGACACGCUGCCAGAGCUCCAUGCGUUUUCUUCAGGUUUCAAAGCUGUGGUUACUCAGUACUGCACUUCAGCAGUGGAGAUCUGCCUCCGGGCGUGCGGGGGACAUGGUUACUCCUUGCUGAGUGGACUCCCUUCCUUGUACACUAAAAUACUUGCUUCUUGUAUUUACGAAGGGGAAAACACCAUUUUGCUCCUGCAAACUGCCAGGUUCCUGAUGAAGUGCUUCAUGGCAGCCAGCACGGGCCAGCCUGUUCCACCAUCCGUCACUUACCUGGCUGCAGGGAAACCCGGGAAGUGUCCAGCCAAGAACAAGUUGGAUUUUCUCAGUCCAGAUAUUUACACUGAGGCUUACCAACAUGUGGCAAUUAGACUUGUAAGCAACACAGCAGCUAAACUACAGGACUUGAUUCAGUCUGGAGUCAGAAAGCACGACGCGUGGAACCAGUGCACGGUGCAGCUGGUGCAGGCUGCGAAGGCUCACUGCCACUACAUCACAGUGAAAAACUUUGCAGAAACUGUGGAAAAACUCGAGACCAAGGCUGGCAUCCAGAAAAUUAUGAAACAUCUUUGUGACCUCUUUGCAUUACAUGGGAUCUUCUCGAAUGCAGGAGUCUUCUUGCAUGAUGGAUACAUAUCUGGAGCUCAAAUGGACAUGGUCACAGCAUCAUACCUGGACCUCCUGGCUGUCAUUCGGAAGGAUGCUGUUCCACUAGUGGACGCUUUUGACUUCACAGAUAAGAGCUUGAAUUCUGCGCUUGGCAGUUACGAUGGACAGGUUUACCAACGGCUUUACGAGUGGGCUCGGAAGUCACCAACCAACAAGCAGAUCAACCCAGCCUAUGAAAGGUAUUUGAAGCCACUUCUUCACAACACGCUGUCGAAAAUGUGA